UUCUGUCUCCAUAUAAAACACCAGCACGAAUACCUUCAACGAGAUAAAAACAAUUUAACAAUAUUCAUUCACUUUACAAUAAAGCAUUAUAGGAACGCGUGCAUCUAUGGGGCCAUAAUGUGUUGUACAAAUGCUAAAACGCAUUACUUUGAAACAAUGACCUGAAGUUACAGCUGACUGCUUGGCGCAGCCUAUUGGUUUCACUUUAUUGAAACGCGUUUUGUAAUUCCUAGACCUCAGGUAAGGCCACCGUACUACGUUGUGUAUGACGUCACGAGCAAAAACAGGGACCACAAGCGCUAGCUCAGUUAGAUGCUUAGUGCACACGAAUUUGCUUUGCUGAACAGUCGUUACCCGCUGAAUCCUUAAACACCAGUUUAAAUAGAUUAAUACGCCAGGCUCGACUAUGGUUACUAUAAUUCGUGGCUGUGUACGGUUCGUUGACGGUUUGACGCCCUUAAAUGUGCUUAGCAUAUCAAUGCUAACGUUAAGCUAAGGAGUAAUAUUAGCUGGCCAGGUGACAACUUCAAUUGACAUGAAGGCAGCUUGUGUCAAUAAAUAGGUCGCUGUGCGUCGGUAGUCCAGCCCUUUAAUGUUAAUAAGUGAAUGAAUAGCUGCUUAUUACCUGAAAUACCCACAACAACAACAACAACAACAACAACAACAACAAGCGGAUGUAUAGUUGGAUAAUGGUGUAACGUUGACGUUACAGCCUAACAACCUGUGGUCGCGUUAGCAUUUUAAAUCGGACUCCUUCUCCCCCUUUGUUACUUUGAUUUUAUUUUCACGAACACAAGGAAUUCAUUUUUAAAACCCGCGGCCCUGACUGACCAUCAUGUCGGACCUGGACACCCUCAUUGUAACUUUCCAGACCCAGCUCUCGGAUGUGAUGGAGACAGUGGUAAAGACAGCCAUGUAUGAGGUGACCAGGUUAGUGGAGGACGGAUUCCUGGAGGAGGUUCAGCGCAGGAACCAGGAGGUGGAGUCCCUGAGGAGGCAGCUGCAAUGGGCAGAGAAAAAAUUAAGUGACCAAGGGGGGAGAGAAGGAGGGAAAACUGGGAGGUGUGUGGACUGUGCCAAGGAUGAUGUUGAUCUGUCCAGUAACACUGUAGAAGACAGGCCCAAAGAACAGCGAGAUGACAUUUUGGGGGUCUGUGGAGUGAAACAAGAGGGUGACUCUGUGGAAAAGUGGGCUAUAAGUCGCACACAAGAAUACAUACCAGAGUCAACUCAGACAGCAGACAAUCCCACAUCCACUCACAGCCCAGAGAGGGAAUCACAGGAAUGUCUCAGAGCAGAGACACCAGAAGAUGAUGUAAUGUCAGCGUUGAGUGUCAAGGAAGAAGUGAAUAAGCUGUCUUUUUCUUCUGUGCACUGGAGUGAUACCCUCGAUGGUAAAGCAGUACCUGAAUCUCACAGUGCUGCUGAGAUGACUGAAGCACAACCAAAUCGGGCUCAAGAGAACCGUGAGGAAUUACUGAGGGAUGUUAUUAAGCAAGACCCACAGAUCUCUGCUGCAUAUGUCUUUCCUGAAGACCAGAAGGAAACACACAUGGCCACAGAUCCAUCUUUAGAGGGGGACAGUGGUUGGGCUGGCCUGACCGUCACAACAGCUGGAUUGCUGCAGAAUCACUGCCUUGCAACAGAAAAGGACUGCGAUCCAUCCAAAACUAGAGGUCCUCUGAGGCAAACAGAACACGAGCUGUGUAACUCUGUCACAGCAGAUGUUGAUGUUCUGGUUACUCCAAGUAGAGAUCACAUUUCAUCCUCAGCGUCCUCACAGGCAAGACUGCAAAACAGUGAUGCGCUGGGUGUGACCAUCAAGCAGGAAGUGAUUGUCGAUUCUGAUGGGUGUGUGGAAAACCUGCCUAAAGAAAAGAAAAUAACAAAGUCUGCGAUGGCAUUUUUGUCAUGUUCAGUUAAACAGCACAGGUUGAGUUCAGAAGCACUCAAGCAGAAUCACAUUUCCCACAAAGCCACUGUACAGGAGGUUAUGAAGCUGCAUUCCAAAGUUGGUACAGGUCUCAGACUGCAAGCUGCUAUACAGCACCUCCACCGACCAAUGAAAAAGCCCUCUCACACACUUUCCAACAGUACCACCACAACACUGUCUGUAGCUCACUCUCAGGUUGUACAUUUAAAUCCCCUUAACAGAACUCCGCCCACAUCUAAAGCCGCGCCACCCCCUCCACUCUCAAUCCAGCGAGCUCACCUGGGAGACAGACAAACCACAGCACAUCACCGAACCAGUGCUCCAUGGGUCAGCAUCAAAUCCCAUCAGUCUGCAAACUCUCAUCACACAGGCCCCUUACCCCACCCAGACUCUCCCCCUCUUGCUGGCCCCAGGCAUCUCCUGCGCUGUGGCCAGUGUGGGAAGUGCUUUCCCCACCCCAGCAACCUGAAGGCCCACCUGCAGACCCACACAGGUGAGCGGCCUUUCUGCUGCUCCCUCUGUGGUCGCAGCUUCACCAAGCUGAGCAACCUCAAGGCCCACCGACGGGUCCACACUGGAGAGAGACCGUACUGCUGCUUGGCUUGUGGCAAACGCUUCACCCAAAAAUGUAACCUGAAACGCCACCAGAGGAUCCAUCUGGAUGUAUGAUGAUGGACAACUUGUGAUAAAAGGACAAGUUUGGUGUGUUUGUUUCGUGUUGAUUAGGAUGCUACAGUGUCUUCCUUUGCAAUGUUUGAAAUUGCAAAAAUUGUUUCUUGUGUACUCGUCUCUCAAAGUGAUUGUCCCGAGUAAUUUUUUGCAUUCUAGAAAGAUUCAUCCAGUACCUUGUUGUAGUUAUUAAAGGAUGAAAAGAAGUGUAUUGUGAAUCAUGCACAGAGAUAGGUCAAUUGUCAAUUGGUCAAUAAACAUUUAUUCUGUUAAUACAAGUCAAAUUAUUCAUGCCUUUGAGGAAAAUCACACUCGCUGUCUCUGACUAUGGAUCAGGGCAUGUAUUUAUCAGCCUGCUGAGAGUCACUUUAGACUGAUGAAAGAUACAAGUAAAAAGUCUUUACUUCUGCUGAAACUCACAAACCCACUUAAAGGGGAACUUCACCCAUUUUUUAAAAAUGUAUACAUCUUUUCCUGUGGUUUAAGACAAAAAAUAUGAGUGGAAGUGAACAACUCUCUCCAAAACCCCAAAACUAGAGUGCUGAAACUCAAAUCUGUGUAUGUGACAUUAGUGAAAAUGUAAUUAUUGAGUUAGUCUGAUUAAAACCAGACUUUUUUUGUGUGUAAUGCAGUGAUAACAGAGUAAGUGAAAACAGUUGUAAAGACAUAUAAACAGUAAGGAAAGAAGAUACAAAAAGUGAUAAAGAGACCUACAAUAAAAAUAAGAGCAACUAAAUACAUCAGAACAAAAUAAAACAAUAUAAAGCAAACAAGGAGUAGAGCACAGGCUGAAACUGAUUGGUAUACAGGUGAAAACAAGUAUAAUGCAAAACUGUAUGAAAAGGUGUGUGUGUGCGUGUCUUUGUGUAGGAGUAUUCGAUGAGUUGAUUUUUCCAGAGUGUGAUGGAGAUUCUGUUCCUUGUUUACCAAUUCAUGAGGAUAGUUUUCUUGGUGAUGGUUAGGGCAAUGGAGAGUAUUCUGCUGGAUGUAUUGUUGAGGUUUAUGGUGGAUAUGUUGCCAAAGUUUGGGCUGCUGCACAGACAAUAAAUGAACGAUGUUAUAGGACAGUGGUUCCCAACUGGUCCAGCCACAAGGUCCAGAUUUCUCCUUAAAUCAUUCGUUCAAGGUCCACACAGUUUAAUAUAUUCGGUGUCAUACUUGCAUUUGGCCAUGUUGUCAAGCUAGUUUGUCAAGAAGCCGUCCACUACUCACUCACUUUACAGCAGGAACACCACUUCAAAAUAGAAGGCCUUUGCCGUACAUUCCCUGUACUUUAAAAGAAAGUGUGUUUUUUCGAAACUUGACACAUUUGUGAAUCACAUGCGGUCCAUUCAGAAUGAACCCACGACCCACCAGUUGGGAACCACUAUUAUAGGUAACAGUGAGAGCACCCAGAGGAUUGUUCAGAGUAUAUGGGUACAUUUCUUUGUUUUACAACUGAGAACAUUAUAAUAUAAUUAAGCUCAUUUGGGUAUAAAACAAGAAAAACAUUCUGUGGGUCCAUUAAAUCAAUCUCCUAUUUAUUGUCUAUGGAGCAGCUCAAGACUUUAUACCCUGUGACAUCACAAGCUUGAGACCUGAGGCUCGCACAUAGUUUCCCCAUUGAGUAGAGCUCUGGAGGUCUCUAAAGUUGGUUCAGAGUAGAUUUAUUUUAUCUUUGUGUAUUUAUAUCUGAUAAAUAAAUUAGAAUGCUGUGAAUUGCUAAUUGCCACUGUACAUAUUAAGGAUAAAAAAUGUGAUUUUAAAACCAAAACAAAUACACAGCUUAUUUAACAGGUAAACCACAUGACAAAAAACAACAACAAAAAAGAAAACACACCUGCAAUAGUCAAUGAUUGGCUCUUCUUACUCUGAGCGAAGCCGACAUGUGGUUCAUCUUGUUAGCUCAUAAGGGUUGCCCUUACACUUAACUGUGUGUAGGGGGAAGUAGCUUUAUACAUGUGUUUUAUUCUUCACACUCAGCAAAGAACUGUUUUACUCCUGACUUGUCUCUUAACUGUAAUUUUCAAAACUUUGGAAAAUACAAGCCCAGGUCAUGUAAAUCUAGAAUUCACCACAAAACAUAACUUGAAGGCAGUUUUGCCUCCAGCUGAAGGUCUGUGUGGUUUGCUGUAAGACUGGUGUAAACUGAACCUUUUGAAGAAUUGACAGCAUGCAGAUGAUGCUUCAUGAGUGAUGGCUCAAUUUAUAUUCUGACUGAGAAAAAUAAUUGUUGACUAACCCUCCAAGACCUGCUGGGCCGCCGGCGAUCCCGGCCAACAUUCCUGUGUUUCAGACACUGUAGAGGGCUGAGUUUUAAAGCUACAGUGAUGAUACUGGUAUCAUAUGAAACUCAAAGUCCUGAAGACAUGUCAUGCUAGCUUCUCAGACAGUGGGCAAUUUAACACUCCACUACGCAGAACGCAGGGUUACUCGUGGUCCCUAAAGUCUCCAAAAGUAGAUCAGGAGCCAGAGCCUUUAGCUAUCAGGCUCCUCUCCUGUGGAAUCAUCUUCCUGUUACGGUCCGGGAGGCAGACACCGUCUCCACAUUUAAGACUAGACUUAAGACUUUCCUCUUUGAUAAAGCUUAUAGUUAGGGCUGGCUCAGGCUUGCCCUGUACCAGCCCUUAGUUAGGCUGACUUAGGCCUAGUCUGCCGGAGGACCCCUCUAUAAUACACCGGGCCCCUUCUCUCCUUCUCUCUCUCUCUCUCUCUCUCUCUCUCUCUCUCUCGUAUCCUAUUACUGCAUCUAGCUAACUCGGCCAUUCUGGAUGUCACUAACUCGGCUUCUUCUCCGGAGCCUUUGUGCUCCACUGUCUCUCAGAUUAACUCAUACCGCAGCAGUGCCUGGACAGCGUGACGUGUGUGGUUGUGCUGCUGCCGUGGUCCCGCCAGAUGCCUCCUGCUGCUGCUGCCAUCAUUAGUCAUUAGUCAUACUUCUUCUGUUAUUAUACACAUAUGAUUAUUGUCACACAUGUAUACUGCCAGGUAUUAAUACAUACUUUCAACAUAUUGUACCGCAGUAGCCAGAACUAUAACUAUAAUAUUAUUACUUUCAUUAAUGUUGUUGUAAGCUACUGUCAUUACCUGCAUCUCUCUCUCUCUCUCUCUCUCUGUCUCAUUGUGUCAUAUGGAUUACUGUUAAUUUAUUAUGCUGAUCUGUUCUGUACGACAUCUAUUGCACGUCUGUCCGUCCUGGAAGAGGGAUCCCUCCUCAGUUGCUCUUCCUGAGGUUUCUACCGUUUUUUUCCCUGUUAAAGGGUUUUUUUGGGGGAGUUUUUCCUUAUCCGCUGCGAGGGUCUUAAGGACAGAGGGAUGUCGUAUGCUGUAAAGCCCUGUGAGGCAAAUUGUGAUUUGUGAUAUUGGGCUUUAUAAAUAAAAUUGAUUGAUUGAUUGAUUGAUGCUAGGCUAAGUGUUGGUGAGGGAAAAUCUGGCAUGGCCAUUAGGGGUCCCUUGACCUCUUACCUCAAGAUAUCUGAAAGAAAAUAGGUUCUAUUGGUUCCCAGGAGUCUCUCCGUUACAGUCAUGCCCACUUUAUGCUGGUGCCAUGCAGUUUUUUUUGCAUGUAGUACAAAUGUGUCAUUUUUGCCUAUUUUUAAAAUAUUUCUGCAUACCGGGAUGCAUAAACAGUCUUUGAAUUGCAUAAAUUGGGUCUGACUGAAAAGCUGAGACUCCAGCAGAUUCAAUGAGCCCAGUUUUGUUCAUGUGUGAUAAUGUCAGUCCCCAUAGCAGCUAUUUUAUUGCAGACAUUUUUUAAAUGGACAACACUGUACAAAAUAACCUAU